AUGCGUAAACAGAGAUAUAUUGCUAUGCCAGAGAUGGAGCUGUUGAAUUUAAGCGAAAAGAAAUCUGGCUUUGGAAUUUCUGUUGCAGUAACAUUUUGGAUGGGGUUCUGGACUAAUUGGGAAGAAGUGACAUCAUCCUACACUGGAUUACUGGCUUUAGAAGAUCACAAAGAAGAGGAUGGACUAAACGGCGUUGGUUGGAUUCCAUUCAGCACUCGCAAUUCUAAUUCUUCGCUGUGUGUGGUGUAG